AUGAUAAAUUUUUAUGGAAAAUUCUUGCCAAAAGCUAGUACAGUGUUCAAACCAUUGUAUGAUUUACUUGCCAAAGAUGCUGUGUGGGAUUGGAAUGAAAGAUGUGAGGAAGCUUUUGAACUUAGUAAGGAAAUGUUAUUGAAAAGUAAAGCUUUGGCAGUCUACGAUCCUUCAAAAGAAUUAAUUUUGAUUAGUGAUGCCUCGCCUGUUGGAGUUGGUGCUGUUUUGGCUAUCAGAGAAGGCAAUGAAGAGAAACCUGUUGAAUUCAUGUCGAAGAUGUUGACAAUUACCCAGCAAAGAUAUUCUCAGUUGGAGAGAGAGGCGUUAGGCAUCAUCAUAGCUUUGCAAAAAUUUCAUAAAUAUUUGUGGGGAAGAAAAUUCAAGAUUGUGACUGAUAACAUGCCUUUGAAAUCCAUGUUUUCCCCUACCAAGACAACCCCGAAAGUGUCUGCCCAACGACUGCAGAGGUGGUCUGUUAUUCUGGGCAACUAUGAUUAUGACCUGGAGUACAGGAAGUCCAGCCAGAUGGGUGCAGCAGAUAUGCUCUCAAGACUACCUGUCAAAGAAUAUGCUUUUGAUGAGACUUGUAAUUUUGUUGUAGAUCUUCCAGAUUUGCCUGUGUCUUGUGAGACAGUUAUCCUGGAAACCUCUGCUGAUCCGCAACUGUCUGCAAUGAAGUCCUACAUCCAGAAAGGGUGGCCAGCAACCUGCCCAGCUGCAGAUCUCAAGACAUACUUUGAUGUAAGGUAUGCCCUGUCUCUUGAAAAUAAUUGUAUACUUCUGGGUGACAGAGUAGUUGUGCCACCAACCCUGCACAAGAAAAUACUCCAGAACCUCCAUGAUGGUCAUCCUGGCAUGGUGCGCAUGAAGCUGAGGGCGAGGUCCAUCAUGUGGUGGCCCACCAUCACCAAGGACAUCGAGGACUUCGUGGCGCGCUGUGAUCCUUGCAGCAAAUCCAACUUCAAAGCUGUAUCUACGGAGCAUGUGCCAUGGACUCCCACUACUCAACCAUGGGAGAGGAUCCAUAUUGACUUUUAUUUCCUGAAUCAAGUGACUUAUCUUUUGUGUGUAGACAGUCAUUCCAAAUGGGUUGAAGUUUGGAGUAUGUCUAAAACAAAUGCCAGUGCUGUAAUAGAUAAGCUUAGUUUGUGUUUUUCUACUUGGGGCCUACCUGUGGAAAUAAUGAGUGACAAUGGACCGCCUUUCAACUCUGUUGAGUUCAUUGACUUUUGUACUAAAAAUCUCAUUGUUGUUUCCAAGAGUGCACCUUACCAUCCUGAAGGAAAUGGCCAAGCAGAACGCUAUGUACAAACUGUGAAAAUUGGUCUAAAGAAGGCUCUAACCAAAGAUGACAAUAAUCCUGUGUCUUUAAAAUUGUCAAAUUACUUGUUAGCUUUAAGAACCACUCCUUCCACUGUGACCAAAAAAUGUCCCUGUGAUCUUAUGUUAGCUUAUGAGCCAAAAACCCUAGUCAAUGCCAUUAAGCCUAACUUAAGAACCUAUGUGCCGUCCAAACGUCAAUUUCAGAUCAAUGAUCUAGUCAAAGUGAAAUUGUCUGCCAAACAUGAGGUAUUUGAUGCAAAGAUUCUGAAAAUUGCAGGUCCAACGCUUUUGCAUGUUGAGAAGUGUGACGACCACAAGGUUGUGCAAGUCAGCACAAAUCAGAUUCAACCGAAGCCUACUCAACCAGAACAACCUGAAGUUGAGGCCACACCGAGUGUUUCCUUUCCUGAACGUGACUUUCACCCCAAGCCUGUCUUGUCUCGUGUCACACCCAAGCCUGUGGUGACACCUGCUCGUCACCAACCUGUGACACCUGCUACCCCAAGACCCAUGAUGUCUCCUGUCAGCACACCAGUGAGAUCUCCAAAUGUGGUUAAUGACUCUCAGGUUUCGAACCCAAACGGAGUUAGAGGCACACCAAUGGUCACCACACCAUUACCUCAACGAGAACUUCGAUCCAGAGCUACCCUGCAGAAGCCUGAACGAUUCAGAAGCAAUGACUUUGUCUCCUAUUAA